ACUCAUUUAGACUGGGAAACGGAAGGCACCGUAACUUGAACGUGAGAAUCUAAAUUUACAUUGCAAGCUGCCGAAAAUGAGCUUGGAGAUGGUAAGCGGUGAUGAAGAACUCCAGCCCCGGUCCGGGAAAAUAUCGAUUCGCUGUUUUUGGCAACAGCGUUGAGAGUUGGGGAAAGAAGCUGUAGAUGCCGUCAAGGAGUAAAAACAGCAGUGGUAGACUCGCGGAGGGGGGAAGUCUUCAAUGCUCCGAUAGGUCAUUUUGUCGAUGGUUUGUCAGCUUGCCAAGGACAAAGGAAGAUCCAAGUAUAAUGCUGACGUGGUUGGACUCGAACCCACGCACAUCAACUGUUCUCGAGGAAAAAAAAAACAACUACCUGCCAAAUUGUAGCUUCGACGGUAAUGCGUUCUGUGGUAACAGCGGGUCCAACUAUUCCAGGUCCUGCUCUAGAAGACAGAUAAUAAUCCCAGAGCUUCCAAACUGUUUGCAAC